CUUAUGAGAGUAGAUUCAGAGAAUAUUACUCGUACACGUAACAAUGAACAUGGCCAUAUAAGCACAACAAUAAAGCCAGAAAGGAAUUCAGAAAUCUCAUCGUCACAAAAUUUCUUGCAACCCUUCCCAACAGAAAACAAAUCCAAAAGCAUCUAAGUAAAGGGCAUUGAGAGUAUGGCAGAUAGUUCAGUAUCAUUUUUACUGGACAAGCUUACUUCCUUGCUUCAAGAAGAAGUGAAUCUACAGAUAGGGGUUCGUGAAGAUGUUCAGUACAUCAAAGAUGAACUUGAACGCCACAAGGCCAUCUUAAGGGUGGCUGAUUCUCUGGAAGACAAAGACCCUGAACUCAAAGCAUGGGUUAAAAGAGUAAGAGAUAUCGCUCACGACAUGGAAGAUUCUAUAGAUGAAUUCAAUCUUCACCUUGUUGAUCCACAUGGGCAAGGCAACAAUUCAUUUCAUAAGAUUGCUUUUGGCAUUAAGACCGUGAAAGCCCGGCAUAGAAUUGCUUCAGACAUACAAAGUAUCAAAUCCAAAGUGGAAAUUAUCUCCCAGGGACGUCCUAGCAUAACUGGAAUAGGCUCAAGCUCGAGUCAAUGGCUAUCAUCAAGACUUGACAGCCAAGGAGAUGCACUUCUGCUAGAAGAAGCUGAUUUAGUGGGUAUUGAGAAGCCCAAAAAGCAACUUGGUGAUUUGCUUUGCAAUGAUGAACCAGGUAGGGCUGUGAUUCCCAUUUGUGGAAUGGGAGGGUUAGGGAAAACUACAUUGGCAAAACAAGUCUACGAUGACCCAAAAGUGAAGAAGCGUUUCAGGAUUCAUGCUUGGGUUAAUGUUUCUCAAUCUUUCAAAUUAGAAGAGCUCCUGAAAGACUUGGUUCAACAGCUCCAUAAUGUCAUUGGCAAACCAGCUCCGGAAGCAGUUGGAGAAAUGAACAGUGACAGGCUUAAAGAGGUGAUUAAGAACUUGCUUCAGAGCAGCAGGUACCUCAUAGUGCUGGAUGAUGUAUGGCAUGUCAAGGUAUGGGAUUCUGUCAAACUUGCAUUGCCUAAUAACGACCGUGGCAGCAGAGUCAUGCUUACCACACGGAAGAAAGAUAUAGCUUUGUAUUCCUGUGCCCAAUUGGGUAAGGACUUCAACCUUGAAUUCUUACCCGAGAGAGAAGCUUGGUCUCUUUUUUGUAGGAAAACGUUUCAGGGUAACUCAUGCCCUCCUCAUCUGGAACAAGUUUGCAUGAAUGUCUUAAAGAUGUGUGGGGGGUUGCCACUAGCAAUUGUGGCGAUCAGUGGUGCUUUGGCUACAAGAAGCAGGGCAAACAUAGAAGAGUGGCAGAUGGUUUGCACUAGUUUUGGGUCUGAAAUCGAAGGCAACGACAAACUGGAGGAUAUGAAGAAAGUCCUUUCCCUAAGUUUCAACGAGUUGCCUUAUUACCUUAAAUCCUGUCUAUUGUAUUUAAGCAUCUUCCCAGAAUUUCAUGCCAUUGAGCGUAUGAGAUUGAUUCGGCUGUGGAUAGCUGAAGGGUUUGUCAAUGGAGAAGAUGGAAAGACACUAGAGGAAGUUGCAGACAGUUACCUCAAGGAGCUAAUCAACAGAAGUCUGCUGCAAGUGGUAGCAAAAACCAGUGAUGGCAGGGUGAAGACUUGUCGCAUGCAUGACCUUCUAAGGGAGAUUGUCAAUUUGAAGUUAAAGGAUCAGAACUUUGCAACAAUAGCCAAAGAACAAGACAUAAUCUGGCCAGACAAAGUUCGACGCCUAUCAAUCAUAAACACGUUGCAUAAUGUACGACAAAACAAGACCAUAUUCCAACUUCGGUCUCUGCUGAUGUUUGCUUUAUCAGAUCCACUAGAGCAUUUCUCUAUACAUGCGUUAUGUUCCACUGGUUUUAAGUUACUGAGGGUGUUAGAUUUGCAGGAUGCACCUUUGGAGGUUUUUCCUACUGAAAUUGUCAACCUUUACCUUCUCAAGUAUCUAAGCUUGAAGAAUACAAAGGUGAAAAAUAUUCCGGGUUCAAUUAAGAAACUACAGAACUUAGAGACAUUAGAUCUUAAACAUUCCUAUGUCACUGAAUUGCCAGUUGAAAUUGUGGAGCUGCAACGAUUACGCCAUCUCUUGGUGUAUCGAUACGAGAUUGAAUCCUAUGCAUAUUUCCAUUCAAGGUAUGGCUUCAAGGUGGCUGCUCCAAUUGGACAAAUGCAAUAUUUGCAAAAGCUAUGUUUCAUAGAGGUAGACCAAGGAAGUAAAGCUUUGAUGAUUGAGUUAGGAAAACUUACUCAACUGAGGAGGCUUGGCAUUAGAAAGAUGAGGCAAGAAGAUGGAGCUGCUUUGUGUUCAUCCAUUGAGAAGAUGAUCAAUCUCCGAUCAUUGUCCAUAACUGCAAUUGAAGAUGAUGAAAUAAUUGAUAUUCACAACAUUUCAAGGCCACCUCAGUUUCUUCAGCAGUUAUACCUGAGUGGACGGUUAGAGAAGUUUCCUCACUGGAUAAGUUCUCUCAAGAAUUUGGUGAAGGUGUUUCUAAAAUGGAGCCGGUUAGAGGAGGAUCCUCUGGUACAUCUUCAAGAUUUGCCAAACCUAAGACAUGUUGAGUUUCUUCAAGUUUAUGUUGGCGAGACAAUGCAUUUCAAGGCUAAGGGAUUUCCAAGUCUGAAGGUGUUGGGUCUUGAUGAUAUAAAAGGAUUGAAAUCUAUGAUUGUGGACGAGGGAGCAAUGCCUGGUCUCAAAAAUCUCAUCAUCCAGCGCUGUGAUUUACUGAAGCAGGUACCAUUAGGCAUUGAACAUUUAACUAAACUAAAAACGAUAGAGUUUUUUGAUAUGCCUGAAGAAUUGAUUGCAACACUGCGUCCAAGUGGAGGCGAGGAUUAUUGGAGAGUGCAACAUGUCCCAGUAGUUUAUUCUACGUAUUGGAGGGAUGGUGGUUGGGAUGUCUACUCAUUAGAGACUUUAGGUGAGAGAGAGAGUGAUUCCAGUCAUAGCGCUGCAAUCCGAAGUCUUGAACGUCGUAUGCUCUGGAAGGUUUAACUUGGUUUUCAUUUUUUUUAACACACUUCAUAUGCUACUGAUGCCAAAUUUUUGUUUUACAUCAGAUUGCAUACGUAAGUGAUGGCAUUUUUUUAAUAUUCCAUCAGAUAGUAUGCGUAAGUGAUUGUGAUCUGUAACUACUAAAUAAAUCAGGAAGCAUGAUUUGUUUCUUUAAUUCUGAUGUUACUGAAUAAAAAUGUUUAAUAUUUUGGUUUACCAACGCAUCCAUUAUAUGUUC